AUGAAAGCUACUUCGUGGAUUCCAAAAGGGGAUGAAGAGAUUCGUAAUGAGUUCUCUAGACUCGAAGAAAGACUAAGGACAUGGGUGAGAAAAUAUGUAGUCCAAGAUAGCAGCCGUCUGAGGCCCCUUGCGGACCUCGAGAAGGGUGCAAUAAUUGAUCAUCUCAAAGGCAGCAUUGCACGAUCAACAUUCGACUCCUUGUUGAAGGAAAUGGCUCCGCAUCUGAAGAAAAGAUUCCCUGUUCUUAUUGGCCACGCGAUGCUCGCCGCAUCCAUUUUCAACCCGAUGUUCUCUAACCCUUUUUUUGCGCUUCAACGCUUUAACACAAAUUCGGAACCUGUUUCUCACUCCGCGAUGUUUGGCCUAUACCAGACAAUGGGAAAUGCUUCCCCUUCCGAAGCACACAUAUGGCGCUCCCAGCUGCUGCGCUUUUUAACAAAACUUCAGCCAGGUUCGCCUGAAUCAUCAUUGGCAUCGCCACGGGUUGUCGAAAGCUACAGUACCGAAAUGGCUAAACUAUUCCUUAAAGGGCCCAUAGGUCUGCUUCUAGAGGUACCUAAGCCUGGGGCCAUUCAAGAUGGAUGUCUGGAUGAUCUAUAUCACAUCUUUGCCCAUGCAAUGCAGUUGUCAUUAUCAUUAUGGUGCCACAGAGCUCAUAUGACUUGCAACUCUGUGUUCGCCGGCAAUACAAGGGCUUAUCACCAUACAGAUCGAUCAAUGAUUGCGCAUCGCCUCCAUCAGCUUGACGAGGGUGAGAAAAAAUUAGAUGGCAAAGAGAUUUUAGUUAUCAUUCAACCAGCAGUAGUUGCGUUUGGGAAUGAGGACGGAGAAAAUUACGACAAGGGAAAGAUUUGGUCACCUGCAAUAGUUCUUGUCAAUGAAAAAGAUAACUAG